AUGGCGCGCGUCCGCCUCGCCCCGCUCUCCUCCCUCACUCAAACCCGCUAUGUCCUACACCUCUCCGACGGCAAACGCCUCGUCCUCUUCCGCCUCCCCACGAUCGAGACCCCGAAAACCAAAGACAAACCUCGAGCGCGCAAUGACGCCAACGGCUGGUCCUACUACGCCAUGGAAGCGGAGUGUCCGCAUGCCGGCGGCCCGAUGAAAGAUUCCUCCAUCGACAUUGAAGAUUCGGCGUAUAUCGUGUCUUGUCCGUGGCAUGCAUAUGAUUUCAAUGUUGAGACGGGAGAGUCGAGUGUGGGGAUUAAGGCGUGCACGUUCCCUGUUGAUGUGAGCGCUGAGGAUAUGGUGGUUGUUGAAUAUACCUCUGAGAAACUAGGGGAGGGAGUGGAGUUGGCGAAGUUGGAGGCUGUGAGUGAGCAGAUGAAGUUGAAGAAGAGUGUCAAGGGUGUGAAUGGUGCGACGGCGACGAAUGGAGUAGGUGGUGAGGAUGAGACUGAAGCUGCGCCUAUCCGGUAUCUGGAUGAUAAUGCGACGGUGUGUGAAUGGUGUGCGCAUAUUCUGAACACGUCGAACCCGGAACAUAAGAUCGAGUUGACGGCGCAUUUAUUCAAGUUGUUUACGGAACGAGAGGGAACGAAUAAGCCUAUGGUUAUCGGGACUAGAGACGGUGUUGACCUCCCUGAUUUACCGCCUAGGGAUGGCGUCAAGGAUGUGAACAGACAGGCAGUUCCGAAGCCGGGUAGAGGUGGUACGCAGAAGAGCAGAAUCAACAUGCUGCAUGCGCUGGCGAACAUUGAACAAUGGGCAAUCGAUCUGGCGGUUGAUAUCUGUGUGCGGUUCGCGAAGUUCCAGACGGAGUCUCCAGAUGCGCUGGGUCUUCCUCGGGCGUUUUUCCACGACUGGUUAAAGGUCGCCAAUGACGAGGCGAAGCAUUUCUCUCUCCUCCGGACAAGACUCGAGGAACUUGGCUCGUACUUCGGUGCCCUUCCUGUUCACCAUGGACUAUGGGACUCUGCGACCGUGACUGCCCAUGAUUUGCGCGCCCGUAUCAGCAUCAUUGCGUUGGUGCACGAGGCGCGCGGAUUGGAUGUGAAUCCGGUGACGAUUGACAAGUUCCGCAAGGCCGGAGAUGGAGACAGCGUUGACACGUUGGAGAUUAUCCACAAUGAUGAGAUCACCCAUGUUACGACGGGCCAUCGCUGGUUGACCUGGAUCUGUGCCCAGGAGGAGACGGAUCCCGUCAAGGUAUUCCGGGGAAAUGUACAAAAGUACUUCCGCGGGCCGUUGAGAGAACCGUUCAAUACAGAGGCCAGGUUGCAAGCUGGUCUGGAUAAGAGGUACUAUGAGAAUCUCUCGGGGUACGAGGGAGUUCAGCCUGCUUGA